AUGUUGCCAGCUUUGAGGAAAUCCGCCGGAUUGUCGCUUCGUGGCGCCGUGCCUCGACUCUCCCGGUCCUUGACCACUAACAGAACGAUAACAGAUCACACGACCGGAAGAAUCAUCACGUUGACCGAUCCUGAGCGCCCUGAAAUCGCAGACUACCCUAAUCCAAAACCUGAAUUUGCUCAGUUUAAAGACCCAUAUGCCAAAUACGAUGACCAGCAGAACAGGAGAAACCUCAAUGAUCCCGUAAACAUCGACGAUGACUUGUACGAUAUGUGGUCUCCCGAUGUUUUCAAUCACACCAGUGACUCCACCGCAUUGAAACACAAUGCCAUUUUUUUUUCACUUGUAUUCGGAUUCGGCGCCGCCAUAUGGUACUUUGAGUUGAACCCGGCCAAGCCCGCCAUGCCCCGCUCAUACCCUUAUGGUGGAUUGGCGAAAACAUUGGGUGCUGGCAGCGAGGAUGAUGAGGGCUUCUACAGAGUGAAACCAGACACCAGUGCCGAACAAGAGUUGGGAUUUUUGCAAGCGGAUAACACCAUUGCUGAGCAAAAGGAUGCAUACAUCAAGGAAAACUCCGACUUUAUCUCAGCAUAG